AUGAUCAAGUACAGCACACCGUUUUCAUCGGUAUUCACAUACGAAGCCAAAUCUUUCACCCCAAAACUCGGCCCAGUCCCCGGAACAAAACGAGGCCGCGGUCCGUCGAAGUGGUGUAUUGACCCGAAGCUUGUUCUGUUUGGCCUUAAAAUAUGCAAAGGCUUGGGAACUAACAUGAUAAUUUAUGCGCUCAGCGCUGCUCACCGCAUUGUUGACCUAAACUUAAUGGCGGCCGCAACGGAGAUCGACGUUUGUACUGUUUGUUUGAAUGAGCUUGGCAAACCUCAAGACCGAAAUCUUAUAGUUGGGAAGACAAGAAUAAUUGACGAUUUGAACAAUCUGCCAUUAAAAGUUCAUCUUACUUCGGAUUACAUAUGUCGAAGUUGUUUAGCGUUGGUUAAGAAGCACAAAAAUCUGAAACAACAGCUGUGGGAUCUGGAAAAAGCAUUGGACGCCCUGGUUAAUGUGCGUACGACAGCUUUUGAGGAAACUUAUCUCGCAGAGAAAGGCGAGGGGUCAUUUGCAGUGAGAAGUAGCACGCCAAAAAAAGCAACAAAUGUUCUUGUUCCAGAAAAUGCAGGUGCAGUAUCAGGGCCUAGUAGUAGUUGCAAUGCAACUGCACUGGGGGGCAGCACUAGAGUCACAAUCACAGUCCAAAGGCCUUCAAAAACAAAGCAAAAGUCACUUGAAGGGGGUCUAGCUUCUAUUGGAAAAAUGCUCUGCAGAGGAACAUUAUCGCAAAUUGCCAGAUCAAUAUGGAGGUGUAAACCUAUUAGAAAAGACCUGGUAAAGGAAAUAGCUGGGGAAAUCAACAAGGAGUGCAUCCAGAUGUGCCGAAAAUCAGAACCCAGUUGUCUUAGAAGAACAGGACCUGAAGAUAUUGCUUCAUUCUCCUUUGAAAUGCUCAGCAAAGAACUUGAUGAGCAUGCCCCAAUUACGAAGACAAUCAUGAUGGCAGCAUCAAUUUGUAAAGAAAAGAAAGGUGAUGAUGAGAAUUGGAUUAAUGCUGUUUGUGUGGCAGCAUCCAUAUUGCUUCGAAAUCGAUCCCAACAAAUGAAUGCAUUCCAGCUGAUAUUGUCAAUUAUCCUAAAACACUGUGGUUUUUUGGGUAUAAUGGGCAGACUUCAGAUACUGAGACUUAUGCCAUCACAUACUCAGUUUUAUCGAAAACUUCAGGCUUAUGGAAAAGUCCAUGACAAAAUACUGAAAGACAUCAUUAGAAAUGAAUCAGAGAGAUUAGAAAGUACAACUAUGAGAGAAGGUUGCAGCUUACAAGAGAAAAAUAAGAGCACAGUAAGCCGUAUUGAAAAACACAAAUUGUCACAAAAAGAAGAAAACGAUAAUGAAAAUAAAAUUAAGGCAGUGAAAAGAAUAAGAGAGUCAUUGCAGACAAUUGAAGACGGGAACGAUAAUGGCUCAUUUGAGCCACCAAUUAGUGCAUUUGCCAAACACAAGGCAUUAAGAUUAAAAACUAUCCCAGUAAUUAGUGAACCAGAAGUCAUUGUUUCGGAAAAAGCAAGUGAAGUAGUGCUGAAAACUAAUGUUGUCAAAGAACCUUUAAAUAUUAGAUGUGACACAGGAAGAAAAAUUGUUCUGGAUAACAUUGAUUAUCAUCAAGUUACCCAUGAUAUGACUGAAGAGCAUAAAGAUAAUGAUGUGCAUUAUUGCAGCCACAUGGCAACUGAAAAUAGAAUUUCAGGUUGUCAUCUUGAUGAUACAAAACCUAGAGGGGAUUUAAUGUCAUUGGAAAAUGGCAUAUUCAGCCCAAGCAAAUGUGAACACCAAAGUCAGAGAGAGAACUACAUUACAUUGGUAUCUCGGUAUAUCACAGAUGAAAUAAAAUGUUUGGAGUUCUUGCAAUGUGUUGUUACAAGAAAUAUACCACAUAGAUAUACAGAGAAGACCAAACAAAAAACAAAUACGACCUACCUUGGAAUAAUUUAUGCAAACGAGAACACUUGUGAUGGAAUGGGGAAAAUUCUUGAGACUGUACACCAAUAUGUGCCAUGUUAUCAAGUUCAAGGAGAGAAGCAUUUUAGCAGCCAGGCAAUUGUGGGUGAUCAAUUGACGGUAGAGAGAGGAGUAAAUGGUUUGAUGGAUGUCUCAAAUGGAUUCACAUCUGAGGAGCGUAGAGAAGGUCUUCAUUUUGAGAUUGCUGACUUUCAUGGUGGAAUAAAGUUCUUAGAGCUCAUAUAUGAGGCAUUCUAUCAUCCACAAUCAGCAAGUGAUAAAUGCACAUUAUAUUGUGACAGAAACCUAGUUGAUAGAAGAAAUGUGUCAACAGAUGUUAAACAUCGAGUAAACCAAUCAAAGAAGUUUCUUAAUUUGGCAGUCAAGGCACGUGUGAUUGCUGGAGCAUUAAAACUGUUGGAUCUAAGAUCUGUUGAUGAUUUGCCCCUGCAGCAUAUGAUGCAAGCCAAUGAAAGGUCAACUACAGAAGAAAAAAGGAAUAAUCUUCACUCUUUGGCAUCAGAAAUAGUUGACAAGUUUAUUUUGAGAACUGAAAAGGUGGAACACAUCUUGAAUAAAGUUGAGGCUGAAAAUGAACAUGAGAAGCAAAAAGCACAGAAGCAUUUCCAGUGUCGUUUUUCUGGAUGUGGCAAAGUUUUUAAAUAUGAUGGCAAGGCAAGAAGGGAGCAUGAAGCUACUCAUGGAAUGACACAUUCUGUGCAACCCUCCAAAAGUUCAGGGGCAGUAGAUGAGAACAGAGAUGAUAUGCUUAACUAUCAGCUGGCUUUGUUGGAGGUUGGGAUGCUGAUCCAAAAUUUCUUUGAUGCCAUUUCUGAAGGUGACGGGGAAAGAAUUGUCAGAUGCUGGAAGUUCUUUCUACCAUAUUUACGUUUUGAUGGGCAAGGAAGCACCAAAUAUGCACUUGAGGCAUUUUAUUUGCUAUGUCAGGUGAAUGCACUUCUGACUCCAAAGGCUGCACACGAGCUUAAAUGGAACAGAUUUUUUAAAAACAAAAAUGGACCAGGUGGAAACAUACCCUUGGACCUUGCACUUGAACAUCACAACAAGCUGAUAAAAACACUGAUGCAAAACCUAGGCCCAAAUGCAACCAAUCAGCAAUGUCUGAAUAGAUAUAUAAAGGCAUUAAGGGUCAACAAAGAUGUGCUUGACAGAUUUGACCAGCAAAUAUUUUUCAAAAAGCGAUCAGGAGAACAUAAGCGCCGCUGUGAAAAAGCAGAUUUGCACAAAGUUGUUAAUGAGCUAGUUGAACAUGAUGCAUUGACACAUAAGAAUGGCCGAAAAUACAAGCACUUUUGUAAUGUUAAUGACAGUAUCUUGGAUGGAUUUGACAUGCAUGCCAUGUUCGCAUGGAUUAAUGAGCACAAAAAGAAAGUUUUGCAAAAAAAGUGUCCAAGAUAA